GACGAGAAGGUGGUGGUGUAGGAAAAUUUGAAUUAGAUACAAAAGAAUUAGAUUUUUUUCUAUUUGCAUAUGAAUCAAAAACAUUAACAAUUAAUUGGUUAAUAUCCGAUGUUGUACAAGAUUCAAAUCAUUACUCAUAA